AUGGAGCAUCUGACGCUGGGCUUGGUGCUGCUGGCCGGGACCCUGGCCGCUGGCACCCCCCCACGCCGACGAGACCUCAACACCGUCAAGGAAGUGGCACUGGACAUGGCCCCCACUUCCUUCGACGACCAGUACCAGGGCUGCAGCCGCAUGAUGGAGGAGCUGCUGGAGGAACUCAACCGCACUGAGUUCGUCAACAACAGCGUCUACGCCAAGACCUGGACCCUCGCCGCUGCCGAAUGGCGGAGCCGACAGGGCCGUGUCCCCCGGCUGCCGGCGCUGCGGCCGGAGCAGGCGGUCGCCCUCCUGGCGUACACGCUGCCGGAACCCCUGUACGAGGUGUUCAACAAUGCCGUGCGUAAGGCUGGGCGCUCCCGCGAGGAAUACCUGGGUGCUUUCCACUUCAAGGCGCUGCAUUUCCUCAUGAUCGAGGCCCUGCGCACCCUGCGGGAUGCCCAGCCCCGCCGCUGCCACCGUGUCUACCGGGGCAUCCGGGACAUCCGCUUCACCGCCCAGCACCACCAGCGUGUCCGCUUCGGCCACUUCACCUCCACCUCCCUCCGGGAAGAGAGCACCCAGCCCUUCGGCCAGGACACCUUAUUCUCAGUGGACACCUGCUACGGCGUCUCCAUCAGGAACUUCUCCUACAUCCCCACAGAGGAGGAGGUCCUCAUCCCACCCUUCGAGAUCUUCGAGGUCACCAACGUCACCCGCGACAAGCACAGAGCCUUCAUCCAGCUCCGCUCCCAGGGCACGCGCAGCACCUACAACUGCGAGUUGGUGAAAGAGAUGAGAUGCAAGAGCCAGCCGUGCGUCUUCAGCGCAGGCAGGAGUGUCCCCAGGGACCCCCCACGCCUCUGGGGGCUCCUCCUGGCAGCCACAACCCUGGCAGUCAUCGGGGGCCUCUGA